GAACAUCGAAUGUGUUUGCAAGAUUGAAAAUAGUGGUGACUAUUAGUUGUACAUUUUUGGGCAAGUUCGCGUACUUGUCCGAAGUUUACAGGAAGGAUCGACGCGAUAAAUGUCCAAAUGAACGUCUCAAUAUUGAUAUUCGUGGAAAUAACACUGUUACGCCUUUUGUAAAUCGAAGUUGAUGCUCGAGAAUAACGCCGGCAGACUUUUUGCUGAAGUCUAGAUAUCGAUCUUGAUAUCCCCGUGAAUAUCCCUCGUCGGGGGGAAUAAAUCAUUCGUUUUGACAGCUCGAAUCGUACCGAUCUUCUGUGACGCGAUAAACCUUUAUGCCCCGAAGUUUAAAAUCGGAGGAAAAUUACAUUUAAAUUCCACCGCAGACCCCGACCAACGUUGAAGUAAAAAUAAACGGAUAAAUAUCGUUGGAAAUAAACGAAUCGAGAACCCGUUAACGAGUAAUACGAUAAUUUCCUCGGUGUAUAUGAAAAAGCGUGCAACACGAGUUUACCGGAUUCAAACGUCAGGCUGAUCGCUUCGCUGAAAUCGUUAAGGUGCCCCUAAAGUUUAUGGUGGCCCCCGUAGCCAGGAGGUGAUCGAACCCUGAGCAAGAACGAAAACCGCCUCGGCGUGUGCACGGGAGCGCGAGAACCGGAAACAUGAAGAACGCUCACCCGAUUAUAACAGCCACGUCGUCGAGCCUGGUCAAUCCGGAUUCUUCGUCUUCCAAUGAACCUACGGAACCGAUCAUCAGAUUGAAGCUGGACAAGCCGCUGCACUGGGAGUGGGAGCUGACCACGUCCGCGGACACGCUUCCUGUCAUCCAGCUGCUGGACAAGGAUGGUCGUCUGCUGGUCGAGACGACUGGACGAACGGCUCAGCGGGCCAGAGGCUCGUUUCGAGAGGGUCUCAAGUCGCACGAGGAGUUCCCUACAAGUAGAUCGGCCAGCGAGAAGCCCUCCACCGUUUCUUCCUCCUUCUCUUCAUCAUCCGCACCCAGUCCGACUGUCCAGCUUCCGGUCCAGGGUAACCGAAACUUCGACGGCUUCAGCACGAAGUUCGGGUCUUGUCAGUUCGGCUACGCGCCAAGGAAAUCUAGGAGCGAGGUGACGGUGAAGGAGAGAGAGAAGAAGGGGAAGCAAAGACAUUCCGGUGGCUCGGAGAACAGCUCGAAGCAGAACGAGGAAACGAAAACGAGCUCGAAGAAAUAUUCGACCGGCGAUUACCUGCGGCAGCAGAUCAUAGACGAUCUUAGAAGAAGGAACACCGCUGGCAAGAGUCCCGAGGAGAUCGCGAAGGAGAGGUGCAAGAAGGUGAAGGCCUACCUGAGGAGCCAGAGCGAGAUUCUGCCGAGGUUGGUCCACGUGGAGGAGGUAGAGCGUGGCGAGGAAUCGAGGUCGAAGGUUAACGGGACGGAGGACGAGGUCCGAAGUCAGAGGAUCAAAGAUGGCCUGACUCGCCUUCGACAGGCUAUCAGAGACGAAGACGAGAGAAGACGAGAAUCUGGAAACGCGAAUGGAGGACGUAACGAUCUUGCAGAAUGCAACUCGAUACGCGAUAAUGCUAGCGAGGAGAACUCGAAGCGGAAAGACGACGAUGACAGUCGGAAGAUCAGGAACGAGAAUUGGAAAGAGUUUGAAAGAGUGAGAUCGUUCCUUCAGAGGAAGAUCCAGCAGAGGAUGGAGCUGGAACGAUCGCGGAGUUCGAGUCGAUGCGAGGCUCAAGCGCGAUCGGGGGCCGGGAUUCAGAAAAGGUACUCGGAUUACAGGCAGCCUGAGGAUCCACGAGGUUAUCGCACCCGAAAGGUGCGCAGCGAGACGAGCAUCAUCAGGUUCGAUCCGGAGAUUCUUCAGAAGGACAGGCAGAAAGCAGGCAGGCAGGUCGAGAGGGAGAGAUCGUCGAGGGCCGACAGGUCGCGUUCCAAGGAUUCGUUCGGGCAAAAAGCGUGCCGGCGUUCCAGGAGCGAGACGAUCCUCGAGGCCGCGGAAACGACUGGGACGAAUCGUCGACAGGGCUCCCAAACGAGGGAGCCCACCGAGAAACGGAAACUCUACCGAAAAACGAGGAGCGACGUGUUGCUGGGCCAGAUGGGAGGCAGCCUGGACUCGGAGCAGGAGAAUCCUCCGAGGCGUGUCAAGAGUCAGGACACUGUGGACGAGUCCUGGCAAGAAUACAAGGAGAGGAAGAAGCACGAGAGGCUGCACCGUGAGUCAGAGACUAGGGAAGUGAAGGAAGAGGAUUUCAUGAGCAAACCUAGGUGGAAGGACUUGCAGGCUGACCUGUGCUCUUUCAGAAACUGUAAGAUCUGUCAAAACCUUCAGAACUGCGUGAAUCCUCUUCGAAAACGCUCGGGUAGCAUCGAGAAGCAGGUGGUUUUGAAGGAUAGAGUAGCCAACGACUCGUCCAACGUGGUCGCCAACGAUUCCACAAAUGAUAGACCCAGUACCAGUCUGCAGGAGAAUUACUUGGUCGUCGAUAGGGAGCCCGAGGUGUCAAAGAACCUUAUACUGGCGAAGGUUCAGGGCAAGACCCACGAGACAGACUCGUCCAACGUGAAUUCUCCGGACUGUGGCUACAAUACGAUUCCUAAGAAGACUUUUAAUGAUUACAAGGAGUUGUACACUUGUUCCAACGUGAAGAAGAGCGACACGUUUAAGAUUGUGGAUGGCAGUGAAGGGAUUGGAGAGGACGUGGAAGCAAAUGGCUCGAAGGAAGAGCCGGUUGGGGCAACAGUUGACAGUUUCGAGCCUCAGAGUGGAGAAGGUGUUUUGAUGAACAAGUCGAACGAGGAUAUCGCUAGGGACUAUUUUAACAGAGUGUACGAGCUGUUGAAGAAGAGACAGGAGGAGGCGAGGAAGAUAGCUGAGAGACAGGAAGUGGCGGGCUGCGACGAUUCGUCGUCAUCUAAUUACACGGAGAAAGUGCAAAAGAGGAGGCCCCGACGCAGGAAGAAGGAAAGGAACACGCAAGGUAAGAAAUGA